CUUAUAGAUAUAAAGCCUGAGGAUGCCUCUAUCAUUGAUAAAAAAAUCAGCUUCUUUGCUCAAGCCGUAAGGAAGAUAUUUAAUUUUUUUUGGGUAACAUGACUUUUGGGCCACCCUGUAUAUAUGGGCGAUUUUUAUGUCAUUUGUACAAUUGCAGUUACAAUAUUAAAUCAUAAAUACCUAUUGUUCCACUACUUCAAUUGACUUGAAAAUUUUAUGAAAUAUUCUUCUCCAUGUCUUUCUACAUUCCUAAACGUUUCACUACUGUAAAUCAUUUUCAUUCCGACUUAUGGGUGUUUAAAAAUGAAAGAAAAAUGAAAAGAGACGGCGUCUCUCGGCGAUCUUGUAAAAUUUUUCAAUUAAAAAAAGCUUAUCGUUUCACUGUUUUCAUUAUGAAUACAUAGAGAAGAGUGUAGCAAAUCAGAGUAUGCCAGUGAUUUUCUAUAAAUGCCAUGGUAAAUAGAUGUAUGAAAAAAAUUUACCUGAUAGACACUUUUCCUGAGGGUGUGGUGUGGGUGGGGUGGGUCUGUGAACGUAAGACCCACACCGACACCCACACCCACACUGACACUCACACCCACACCCACACCCACACACCCCACACCCACACCCACACCCACACCCACACCACCCACACCCACACCCACACCCACCCACCCUUACAACUUUUUAUAGCUGAUACGUGUGCUCUUACAUUUAAACAUUUCGAAAAUGUGUUCAUUUAUUAUUAUUAAUCGAGCAAAUUAUUCAAUUCUUUUUAUAUUGUUAAACUGAAAAGGCUUAUUCUAAUGUAAAAUACAGUACAUCGUCAAUCCCUCGAUUCUUUUGUUCUAAUGAUAAUAUGCAUGACACAUGUUGUAUGGGUUUGGUGGGUAAAUGUCGAAGGUAAAAAUGUCGAAAGUAAACAUGUCGAAAGCAGAAUGCCGAAAGUCUAAAUCCAAUUUGGUCAAAGAUUUCACCCUCACCCUCACGCUGCGCUGUGUGUGUGCAUGUCCUAUUAUAUUCCAUUGUCCAAAACUUAGAAAAAGUUUUCAAAUUAGGAUUUAUAAGGGUUCCUAAUUUUCGGCAUUUUGCCUUUCGACAUCUUAUUUUCGACAUUUUCACUUUCGAUAUUUUGAUACUUUACCGUUGUUUGAAGUGCACAUAUCAUUUUAUUUUUUCAAUCGUCUGUUCAACUACCAUAUUAGUUUGAUAUAUAAAUUGAUUUGAUCAUUCAUGGAGAAUCUGGUACAUUAUUAUAUCUUUUGACAAAUUGUGAGAUAUAAUGUUGAGUUUUUUCUAAACUUGGAAUUCAAUUAUUUCGCAAUUUUACGUGCUCGUCCUAUUCUCACUCUAUUAGAUGAAUAAUACCAUCGACCUACUGAAUGAUACCUACAAGAACACUCUUUCUCUGCAUUAAAUAACAAAACUUGUUAUAUCUAGACUUCGUAGUUAGAGUGUACAGAGUUUCAGAAUGACAUAAGCAUCGUUAAAGUUUACACUACUUUUCUCGUUACUAUAGAAACCUACCAAAUAAUCUCUGAUUUUCUCCUCCCCUUCUCACUCGCCAUUCCUAAAACCAAGGAGAAGUUGCAAAAAGCCUCGAUUUGAACUUACACACGUGUAUGCUUCUGAAGAAAAUAUUCACGGGCUUAACAAAAUUUGCUUCUUUGUUGUAAAAUUAUGAAAUUAAUUCUACUACUUGGUAAAAAACGGCAAAAAUCUUAUUAACUGCUGCUAAGUGAUGAAAUGUGCUCGAUCCAGCUUGAUAAGAAGCAUAGGCAUUCAUUUUUUAGGUGUUUUAUUGUAUGUGAUUCCAAGUGAUUCCAGGUGAUUCUGAGUGAUUCUAUUGAUUCUGAGUGAUUCUAUUGAUUCUGCGUGAUUCCGAGUGAUUCUAUCACCAUAGAAUCAGCUUUUUCUCCCUUGGAAAAAAAGCUAAUUUUACGGAAAAAUGUUGUGUUUUUCUUCCAUAUAGAAAAUAUGAGUUAUUUAACAUCUUUUUAAAAUUUUCCAAACAGUUUUUUUAAUUUUUUAUCUUAAAAAAAUGACGUAAAAAAUCUCCAAUUCAUACAGUUUUGUAGAGCUCGACGAACCCUAUCAAAUCAUGUAAAAAUAUUCUAGAAAAAAAUUUUUACUCCAUUUUUGAAUUACUGGCAUCUUAGUUUUCUAUGCCAAAAAUGUAUGAAAUUUCUUAAUUUCGACAUUCUACAGUUCACAAAGCCCUUACUAUUUAGUACCAAUAAAUCCCGUUUCUAACGAGCUUUCAUUGGGUAUAAAAUUCAUUAUAUACUCUUCCCUGAAAUAACAUUAUUUUCUAUGGAGUAUCAGGUCGGCUUGUAACGCCCAUAUAUGAUUAUUUUCAUUGUAAAAUUAUCUUAUGUAUAGUUAGUUUUUGUUAUCAAAAAAAGGAUAAAAAUGAAUAUACAAGAUGAAAGAAAUCUGUUUCAUGCUCUGAUAGUGUAACAUUAAAGAAUGUUUUUUGAGAAUCAAAACCGCAUAUAACCGUGAUCUCUCUUCCUCUUCACUGAUCCUAUGACUUUUUUCUCCUCCUGGCUGCCCACUGACUAUCACUCUCUCACGGCCGCUUCUCUCGUCUAGUUCGUCGCAUGAAGUUCAUUAAUGUUCAAACUUUCCAUUUUUUACUUUUUUUCUUUUGUGUUUUUAUAUGUAUAAAAAAUCUCCCUAAAAACUUUGAUAAUAUUCUCACGUUUAUAACUCCCUUAUUUCUUAAGCUAGAACCAUCAUUUUUAUACGAUAGAUAUACUUUAAAAUGCUCUUCAAAUGACUAUUUGUUUGUUGAAAUUGCUCAAGCCGUUGCAAAGAUAUAUCGAAAACAAGUGUUCAGGAGUUUUUUUCCAUAUAUUAUUUUAAAAUCAUUCGAUGGUUAUUUUUCUAGUUAGUUUUUUAUGUUUAUGACUUUACAAGAGUAAAUAUUUAAUUAGUUGUCAAAUUGAAUUUUAUUAUUUUAGAAUUAAAUCAACCAAAAGUGAUGCAACAAUACAACGAAAAUGUAUCAAAAUCUUUAAAAGUUUUCAAAAGAGAAAAUCAAUUUGAAUGUACAGAUAAUGAAUUAUCAUCAAUUGACGAAUCUUUAUCAUGGAUCACUACUGAAAAUGAUUAUGAUGAAUUACAAGAAGAUCCAGAGAAUAUGGUAAAUACUUCAAUUGUUUCAUCAUCAACAAAAGUUUAUCGCCCCAUCCCCAGAGGGAUGGGUUCUCCAUGGAUGCUCCAGUGA